AUUAGAGAUGUUUCAUUUUUAUAUAACAAUAUAGAUGUUACAAAUAAAACAGUAUAUAACUCAAUGUAUUUCAAUUAUUCUUCUAAUGUUCCAAGAGACACCCCAUUUAUAUUAUAUUUAAAUGGCGAUGAUAUCAAAACACCCAGGGUUAUUUACUCAUUGGCAGGUAAUGAAAUUCCUUUUUAUGCUUUUUGGAAUAGUACCAUCGAAUUAUUCCAAAUUGAUUUCAUCAUACCAGCAAACUCUCAGCCAUCAAAUAACUAUCCAUAUAAUUUAAUUGUAAAUAGAGUCUAUACCCUCCCAAAUUAUGCACUACCGGCUUCGUGUCAACUUAGAGUAAAAUCUUCAAAUAUGGAUCUAUAUGGCCCAGUUUUCAAAAAAAUUACUAAAUUAACAAAUAUAGAUGCCGAUAUAAAUGUUAAAAAGGUUGGAUGGAAAGUAGAAAUUGAGGAUGAAGUAAACGGGUUCCAAUUUGGUAACAUUGUUGUAAGGGGUUCAAUAGACAAUUCAAUCUACAACUUUACAUUUAGUCCAAAAAAUGCUCUUGCUGGUUCAGUUUAUAGAGGAGAAUAUGAAAUUUAUGUUAAUGUUUCAAGUCCAUGUGUAUCACAAAACUUUAUAAUGACCGAGGUUUUAUUACAGGAUUCUAUGGGUUUUAAUUCUUCAUUUUCCAUUACUUUUAAAUCACAAAAUGGGUUAUACUCAAUUCUUAAUCCUUUUAUUAAUUAUUUAAAUGACUCUUUGAUAAAUAGUGUUUCUUUAAAUUGUCCAUCCCAAAAUUUUGAUUCAUCUCCACCAGAACUAUUAUCAUUUGUAGCUUCAAGAUCAAGUAUAGAUGUUGGUAGUCUUGAUAGAACAGUUAAUAUAGUAUUAGAGGCUAGAGAUAUAGAUAGUGAAUUAAAAAAUGAUCAAACACCAAUAGUUUAUUUCUCCGAUACUUCAUUGGGUCUUGUUUCUUGUCAUACCCAACAAAUUAGUUCAAACAAAACUAAUUCCAUCUAUAAUUGUUCCGUUGAAAUACCUGUAGGUUUUGGUUAUCCACAUGGAAUAUAUAUAUCAGUAUAUGGCUUGAUUAAUAGGUUCGGUUUAUACAGCGGUUUUGCAGUAGAUCAAUUAAAAAACAGUGGUUUUUCUUAUUUCAUUUCAACUGUAGAUAGUUUUGAUACCAAUCAACCAAUCAUUUCGGGAAAUAAAAAACUAUCAACCAAAGAUACAAAACUAUGGCUAUAUGGCAAGGGUUUUAAUGAUGUCAAAUAUAUAGAGGUUUUUUAUCAUUUAGAUAAUGCAGAAUUACAAACAAUAUUUAUGGAUAAUCUUUACCCAAGUGCAAUUUCAUUAACAUUAUCAAAAAAAACUUAUAAACCAUUUUAUGUAACUUUGGUAACAAAGAAUGGAAGAAAAUCAAAUCAAUAUUUAGUUUCACCAUUUUAUUUCCCAAUUCCAAACUAUAUUGAUAUUACUCAAGAGACAUCAAACCCAUCAUCUACUUCAUCAAAUAGUGAAGAUCCAAUUAUAACUAAUGCUCCUCAAGAAUGUAAAGGUACUCCAAAAUGUGGUGGUGAUAAGAAGGGUACAUGUACAUCAAAUGGUUGUAUGUGUUAUUAUCCAUAUGUAGGUUUAGAUUGCUCAAGCAAGAGUAUUGAAACAUUACCACCAUCACUAAAUAAAACAACUCCAGAUAUUGAAUUACCAACUACCGAAAAUGGAGGAAAUAGUGAAACAGAAGUUACAUAUAAAUCAUUGGUUUCAAUUGUUGCAUUAAGAGAGUUAGACUAUGAUCAUAAGCAAUUCAAAUAUCAUCCAUUAAAAGAUUGGAAAUUUAAACAAAUAAAUUCAUCAGUAAGCGAAUACUAUUGCGGCAUAGAAAUAUCAAAUAAAACUGUUAGUAUUAAAACAAAAAUUCAAUGGUUUGAUAAAGAAACUACAAUAGAAUUUGCAAACCAAACUUUAAUUAUGAAUCCAUCAACUAUUAAAUAUACAAUCGAGAUUUCAUCAUAUCCAUUUAGUACAAAUUUAAAUUCACUUCAAUUAAUAAUGUUAGCCAAAAUAGAAUCAUCUAAAACAAAUAACAUUUGUUCAAAUAAAGAGUUUGGGGAAACUUCAAAUGGAAUUGAUAACUCAAAUUAUAUAAAGGUUCAAGUCGAAGACCAUUCAGUUUAUGGAAGAUUCAUAAAAAGAGCUUUCCUAGAUAAUAAAGUUAAAUCUAUUUCAAAUGAAUUUUUAGAUGAAUCACUCUCAACAUUAUCAAGCUCCUAUCAGUCUCAAUCUUUUGUUGGCAUAAAUAUUCCAUAUUUCAAAGAAAUGUCAAUAAUAGAUCCAGAUUUCUCAGUACUUUUAGAUGGUAGCUCAGCUUCAUCUAAAUCAAACUCAAUCUGUUCAAAAAAUUCUGGUUUAUCGGCAUCAAAAAUUGCUGGUAUUGUAAUUGGUUGUGUUGCCUUUAUAGUUGUAAUAAUAGUUUCUAUAAUUUAUCACUAUAGAAAAAAACAUAAAAACUUAAAGUUUUUCCAAGCCAUGAAUAAUAAAUUAAAUCAAAAUAACCUAUUAUAG